UCAUGCAACAUUAAAAUAAGUGACUUCGUGUCCUGAGCCAAAUCGCCGUAGAACACGCGAAUGUCCUGGUACAUUCGAUUACUUUCCGCUAUAGCACAAUCAAAUUUGAACAAGCUCCCCUUGAAAAUCAAAUUUGUGGUAUAGACGAGUUUAGACGAUCGCGUCGAAUAUAUUCGCGCCGAUCUUGCUGCGUCUAAACAAUUUGAAACGAAAUCUAGGCGCGCUUCUGUGAGUAAACAAAGGUGACAUCCGUCUAAAAAAAAUGGUUGUGCCGGCGAUUGGUAUCGAUUUGGGUACGACGUACUCGUGUGUCGGUGUUUUUCAGCAAGGAAAGGUGGAAAUUAUCGCCAAUGACCAAGGGAAUAGGACGACCCCAAGUUACGUCGCCUUCACCGAGACGGAGAGGCUCAUUGGGGACGCCGCCAAAAAUCAGGUCGCGAUGAACCCCAGCAAUACCGUCUAUGAUGCGAAGAGACUGAUCGGGCGAAAAUUUGACGAUCUAAACGUUCAGAAAGAUUUGAAGCACUGGCCCUUUAAAGUCGUCAACGAGGAUGGGAAGCCGAAGAUUAAGGUCGAGUAUAAGGGCGAGAAGAAGCUUUUUAAUCCCGAGGAGAUUAGCUCCAUGGUGCUUGUGAAGAUGAAGGAGAUCGCCGAGGCUUACUUGGGAGGGAACGUCAGAAAUGCUGUCAUUACUGUGCCCGCUUACUUUAAUGACUCCCAACGUCAAGCCACCAAGGACGCCGGUGCCAUUGCCGGUAUUAACGUGCUGCGUAUUAUCAACGAACCGACAGCUGCCGCUUUGGCUUACGGUUUGGACAAGAAUCUCUCAGGUGAGCGCAAUGUGCUAAUCUUCGAUUUGGGCGGAGGCACUUUUGACGUCUCCAUUUUGACAAUUAACGAAGGUUCGCUUUUCGAAGUGAAAUCAACAGCAGGCGACACCCACUUGGGAGGUGAAGAUUUUGAUAACCGCGUGGUUAAUCACUUCAUGGACGAAUUCAAGCGUAAGUAUAAGAAGGAUAUGUCCACAAAUCCUCGUGCAAUCCGCCGUUUGCGCACUGCGGCCGAACGGGCUAAACGCACCUUAUCGUCCAGCACGGAGGCAUCGCUCGAAAUUGACGCCCUCUAUGAUGGCGUCGACUUUUACUCGAAACUCUCACGGGCGCGCUUCGAAGAGCUGAACGCCGACCUCUUCAAAAGCACCUUACUCCCAGUCGAAAAGGCCCUAAACGACGCCCAGAUGGAGAAGAGAAGCAUACACGACGUGGUUUUAGUCGGAGGCUCCACACGCAUACCCAAAAUUCAGUCUCUUCUCCAAAACUUCUUCGGAGGCAAAACGCUCAACCUCUCCAUUAACCCAGACGAGGCUGUCGCUUACGGCGCGGCGGUCCAAGCCGCAAUCCUAAGCGGUGACCAGAGCUCCAAGAUACAAGACGUCCUCUUGGUGGACGUAACCCCCCUGUCACUCGGAAUCGAAACUGCCGGCGGCGUCAUGUCCAGAAUCAUAGAGCGUAACUCGCGUAUACCGGGCAAGCAGACGCAGACCUUCACGACGUACUCGGACCAACAGCCCGCGGUCACGAUACAGGUGUUCGAAGGCGAGCGGGCGAUGACGAAGGACAACAAUCUCCUCGGCAAUUUCGAUCUCACCGGCAUUCCGCCGGCCCCGCGCGGCGUGCCCAAAAUCGACGUCACCUUCGAUCUGGACGCGAACGGCAUUCUGAACGUCUCGGCGGUCGACGAGAGCACCGGAAAAUCGAAGACGAUCACCAUCAAGAACGAUAAAGGCAGGCUUUCGAAACGCGAGAUCGAGAGAAUGAUCGCCGAGGCCGAGACCUACAAGGAAGAUGACGACCGCCAGAAGGAUCGCGUCCAUAGCAAAAACCGCCUGGAAACCUACGUCUACGGCGUGAAGCAAUCUGUGGAGGAAAACGGAGACAAGCUGAGUGCGAGCGAUAAGGACAGGGUGCUGAAGGAGUGCCAGGCGUGCAUCAAGUGGUUGGACGGAAAUCAGACCGCCGAAAAAGACGAGUACGAGUACCGCUACAAGGAGAUUUCGCGCGUUUGCAGCCCCAUCAUGAGCAAAUUGCACGGCGGUGGUAGUUCGGGAAGACGUGGCAAAAGUGGAGAAGGGCCGAUUAUUGAAGAGGUAGAUUAAGGUUGCGGGUUUAUUGUGUAUCACUUACUAAAUAAAAUAGCGUGCUUUUGUUAGUA